AUGGCGGCAUCUUGUAUUGCCCUUCGUGGCAGCCGCCAGAUUGCUCUGCGAUCGCGUAUGAGAGCUGGUCCCUCGUCUUUUUCUCUACGGACAGCUUCACAGUCCCUGAACUUGAGUCGUCGUGCCCUGCACACCUCUCCACCAGCUAUCACUCGCCGCGGUGUCUAUACCAGCACUCUCGCCGAUCAUGGAGUUCCCCAUCCCCCCGAUAUCUUUCAACCCCUCGAUACAUUCCCUCGCCGUCACAUUGGUCCCUCUCCUGAUGCUGCGGCGGAGAUGCUUGCCGUACUGGAUCCACCAGCGGCUUCUUUAGACGAAUUCGUCAAGCAGGUCCUGCCCGAGGACAUUCUCUCUAAAAACGACCUCAAGGUCCAUGAACCCCAUGCCGAUAUCAACCUUUACCGCUCAAGUGUGCAAGGAGGUCUUAGUGAGUCGGAUAUGCUGAAGCUGCUGGAAACCUACCGCAAGCAAAUCGAUAUCUCCGGUAAGACCUACAUCGGUACUGGCUACUAUCCAACCAUUGUGCCUCCGGUUAUCCUACGCAAUGUCCUCGAAAACCCUGCUUGGUAUACUAGCUAUACUCCUUACCAGCCGGAGAUCAGUCAGGGUCGUCUGGAGUCUCUAUUGAAUUUCCAGACCUUGACUGCUGACCUGACUGGUUUGCCAUUCGCCAAUGCCUCUGUUCUUGAUGAAGCAACUGCCGCCGCUGAGGCCAUGACCAUGUCCCUCGCAACUAUGCCCGCCUCUAAACAGAAAAAAGCAGAGAAGUCGUUUGUGGUGUCACACCUCUGCCACCCCCAAACCAUUGCCGUUAUGCAGUCGCGUGCCGAGGGAUUUGGAAUCAACCUUGUCAUUGGUGAUAUCCUGGCAAAUGACUCUAAGGUUGUGAAGGAACAGGGUGACCACCUCAUUGGUGUUCUUGCCCAGUAUCCUGAUACCGAGGGAGGCAUCAAUGACUUCCAGUCUCUUAGCGAUCUCAUUCAUGGCCAGGGUGGUACUUUUAGCGUUGCUACUGAUCUGCUGGCCUUGACUGUUCUCAAGGCCCCCGGCGAGUUCGGCGCUGAUAUUGCCUUUGGUAGCGCCCAGCGCAUGGGUGUUCCCAUGGGAUUUGGUGGACCCCACGCUGCAUUCUUUGCCUGUGCCGACAAGUAUAAGCGUAAAGUACCUGGUCGUGUUGUCGGUGUGUCCAAGGACCGCCUCGGUAAUCGUGCUCUGCGUCUGGCGCUGCAGACUCGUGAGCAGCACAUUCGUCGCGAGAAAGCUACUAGCAACAUUUGCACUGCCCAGGCUCUCCUGGCCAAUAUGACUGCCAUGUAUGCCAUCUACCACGGCCCCGCUGGCCUCAAGGCCAUUGCUGAGCGCAUCAUGUCUAUGACUGCUCUCCUGCGCGAAAAGCUUGUUUCUCUCGGAUACAGCAUUCCUAGUCAGUCCAACGCCAAUGGUACAGCUGUCUUUGAUACUCUUACCAUUGAACUUAUUGAUGCUGCUGAGGCCGAUGCCGUCUAUACUGCUGCUCUUGCUCAGUCGAUCUUCCUUCGCCGCCUUGGUGGCAACAAGGUCAGUCUUUCAUUGGAUGAGACAGUUGGCCGUGAUGAGGUGAAGGGCAUCCUGGAUGUCUUCGCUGCCCACAAGUGUGCGCCCUCUGUUACAAUUGAUGGAACUCUCCAUGUUGCCUCGCUCCCAGCUAGUCUUGAACGUACUACACCCUACCUGACACACCCCGUGUUCAACACCCACCACUCCGAGACUGAGAUGCUGCGUUACAUUCACCACCUCGAGUCUAAGGAUCUCUCUCUUGCCCACUCCAUGAUUCCUCUUGGAUCUUGCACCAUGAAGCUCAACGCUACCACAGAAAUGAUCCCUAUCUCUUGGCCUGAGUUCUCCCAGAUCCACCCCUUCAUGCCCGCCGAUAAAGCCAAGGGCUACAUCCAAAUGAUUGAUGAUGUCGAGCAACAGCUCGCUGACAUCACUGGUAUGGCCGAGGUUACCGUGCAGCCCAAUUCUGGUGCCCAGGGAGAGUUCGCCGGCCUCCGUGUCAUUAAGAAGUACCAAGAGGCUCAGAACAAUGGCAAGCGCAACGUGUGCUUGAUUCCCGUAUCUGCUCAUGGCACCAACCCUGCUAGUGCGGCUAUGGCUGGUAUGCGUGUUGUCACCGUCAAGUGUGACAUAAAGACCGGUAACCUCGACUUGGCUGACCUCAAGGCCAAGUGUGAGAAGCACCAAGAUGAGCUUGCUGCUUUCAUGAUCACCUAUCCCAGCACAUUUGGUGUGUUUGAGCCCGGUGCCAAGGAAGCUAUUCGUCUCGUGCAUGAGUUCGGUGGCCAGGUCUACAUGGACGGUGCCAACAUGAACGCCCAGAUUGGUCUAUGCUCUCCCGGUGAGAUCGGCGCUGACGUUUGCCAUCUGAACCUGCACAAGACUUUCUGUAUCCCCCACGGUGGUGGUGGUCCUGGUGUUGGUCCCAUCGGUGUUGCCGAACAUCUGCGUCCAUUCCUGCCCUCACACCCCAUUAGCGAGUAUCUCCAGUUCAAGCGCGGUGCCACAGCCUCCCCUCCUAUCAGUGCCGCUCCCUGGGGUAGUGCUAGCAUCCUGCCCAUCACAUUCAACUACAUCAACAUGAUGGGUGACCGUGGCCUGACCCACGCCACCAAGAUCACUCUGCUCAACGCCAAUUACAUCCUGUCGCGCCUGAAGCCACACUACUCAAUCUUGUACACAAAUGAGCAUGGCCGCUGUGCUCACGAGUUCAUCCUCGACGUGCGCGCUUUCAAGGAGACCUGCGGUGUCGAGGCCAUUGACAUCGCCAAGCGUCUCCAGGACUACGGAUUCCACGCCCCGACCAUGUCAUGGCCCGUUUCCAAUACCCUCAUGAUCGAGCCCACAGAGUCUGAGAACAAGGCCGAGUUAGACCGCUUCUGCGACGCUCUGAUCUCGAUCCGCGCUGAGAUUGCCGAGGUCGAGGCCGGCAAGCAGCCGCGUGAGGGUAAUGUUCUGAAGAACUCCCCCCACACCCAGCGCGACCUUCUCACAAGCGAGUGGGACCGCCCAUACACUCGUGAGAACGCGGCAUACCCGCUUCCCUAUCUGUUGGAGAAGAAGUUCUGGCCGACGGUGACUCGUGUUGAUGAUGCCUUUGGUGACCAGAACCUGUUCUGCACUUGUGGCCCUGUCGAGGACACUGAAUAG